AUGAACGUAAACGAAUGGAUGAAUGUGGCAUUGGAAAAGGCUACCGAGGCUUUGAAUGCCGGAGAAGUGCCAGUUGGGUGUUUGUUCGUUUACGAAAAUGAGAUAAUAGCAUCGGGUCGCAACACUGUCAACGAAACAAAAAACGCAACUCGUCAUGCCGAGCUAAACUGCAUAGAUGAUGUGCUCGAAUAUUGCAAAGAUAAGGGAAUCGAUUAUCACAAAGUGUUUGAGAAUAUCGACGUUAUCGUCACUGUUGAGCCAUGCAUAAUGUGCGCCGCUGCGCUACACCAGCUAAAAAUUCGCAGCAUCGUUUAUGGUUGUCAAAAUGAUCGGUUCGGCGGUUGCAAAAGCGUGUUUGAUGUGACGAAAAUUUAUGAUUACAAAAUAUCUAUUACCGGUAGCGUCAGAGGUGACGAUGCGAUGCAAUUACUUAAAGACUUUUACAAAGGUACAAACCCCAACGCUCCGGCGUCCAAAGUUAAAAAAGGUCGGAAAAAGAAAGUUGAAUCCGAUGUAGGUUGAUUAUUUCCUUUUAUUAUAAUUUUAAAAAACGGUUUGCCAACUUAUAAUCAUAUCCUCAAGUCUUGUUUUCACGAGAUAUCGAAAGCUAUGAAGGUUUUCCAUUUUUCCAACGAAAACGUACAGACUGUGGAUAUUAAAUAAUAAGCAAAUAGUGUAUGAUGCAUAAUAAUGCAUAAGGUUGUGCUAUCGUAGCAAUCGUUUUCUUAUCGGAUCUCAUUUCAAUUUGCAGUAAUGGUAUAAAUUAACACAAUAGUAUUCAAACUCUGAUUAAUCACCCGUAAGUCCAUAUCAGUAGCAUAGAUGCUCUGUACGAUGAAAAAGAGACGGUGUUUUAAACUUA